AUGGCAACAAUUAAAGUUAUUUAUAAUUCUAUAGUUCGUCGCUUUACCAUUUCUCCUGAUUCUACCUGGAUCAAUUUGGAAUCUCAAUUAAGAGAUCUUUUCCAAAUUCCCAAUAAUCCAUUAAAUGUCUCUUAUACUGAUGAAGAAGGAGAUGUGAUCACCAUUUCUAGCGAUUUAGAACUUCAGGAAGUUCUUUCACAAUACUCCAACGGCAAACCUAUUAAACUCAUAUUAACAACCGCUAACCACGAGAAAGAUAAUAGCAAUGUCGAAACAAAAGUACACGAACCAGAAUCACGUCCUAAUCCGGAACUUGAUUCUCGACCUCCUUCUUAUUAUCCUCAUGUGUCAGUAACUGAUGAAGAAACUGAUGAAUCAUUCGUUAAUGUCAAUAAAGAUGUCCCUGAACAACCUAAAGCUACUAAAGAAUCACCUGAAGAUGCUAAUGAACAUAAUCCUAAAACUACUAAAGAAUCGUCUGAAGAUGCCAAUGAACAUGAUCCUAUUCGAAUUAUUUUCUUGAUUCGUCGGCCCUGGGCAUAUUCCCAUUAUUAUAGUCCUCAAUUUAGCCAUUGCCCUUUUAGAUACAGUAGCUCUUUCAAUUCUUACCCACAUGUUUUUGGUUAUCCUUAUGCUAACUUCGUAUCCGUUAGCCCUCAAUGUGGUCGUUCAUUUAGUCAAUGUAAUCAAUCUACCAGAGCAAAGAACUAUUGUUCUGAUAAAAAAUCAUGUAAUAAUGCAUCUAAUUCCGGAUGUUAUCGGGGUUAUGCUGCUUAUCGUAAUUGUCACAAUCGCAAACUUUCUGCAGAACAAUUAUCCGAAAAAAUUAAAAUCUUAAAUUCCAUGGGAUUCUCAUCAGAUGAUAAUGAAAAAUAUGAAGAUUUGUUGAAACGGUAUCAUGGAAAUAUCGAUCGAGUUAUCGAUAUUUUGUUUAGAGAACAAGAAGAAAAUGGAAAAGCUUCAAGUUCAAAAACUAAUGAUGCACCUCGAGAAGAUGAAGAGAUUUUGUCUUCUCCAGUUAUGGUUGAAAUUAACUCAGAAAAUCAACCUUAUGCAUUGUAG